AUGUGUACUGUUUUAAGUCGUAUCCAAUCAGGUUUUAGGCCGCAAGAUCAUGGUCUACCUGAUGAUUUCUUGUUGACGAAAUUAACGCAAAUGAAAGGUUGUGGUUGCAAGGUACCAAGAGAGAUCCUAUUGAAAUUAUUGGAUGAUUUGAGAACCGAUGGAAAAGGCGAUGAAAUAGGUAUUGGCUUAGAUAGCUGCGUGGUUCCUCUGCGACACAAAAAUCUCUUUCUUAUUCAAACUACUGAUUUUUUCUAUCCGCUUGUUGAUGAUCCUUAUCUGAUGGGUAGAAUUACUUGUGCUAAUGUUCUGAGCGAUUUAUAUGCAAUGGGUGUAGUUGACUGUGAUAAUAUGUUAAUUUUGCUGGGAGUACCUCGAGACAUAAGCGACAAAGAACGAGACGUUGUCGUGUCGAACUUUUUCAGUGGCUUCAAGUCUGCUGCAAUAGAAGCUGAAACAACUAUCAGAGGUGGUCAAACGGUACGUUGCCCGUGGUUAUUGUUAGGAGGAGUAGCUACAAGUGUGUGCACCAGUAAUGAAAUGGCUGUGAUUAAUGCGGCUCGCCCUGGUGACGUUAUUCUUCUUACCAAACCUCUUGGUGGUCAAGUUGCUGUGAAUUCUUAUGACUGGCUAAAGAAGAAAGAUCCCCGCGUGGAGGAAUUAAAACUGGACAAAGAAAAAAUAGUUGCUGCAUAUCAACAAGUUGUUGAACAAAUGUGUCGUUUAAACAGAAAUGCUGCGCGUAUGCUCUUGAAAUACAGCAGCCAUGCUUCUACCGAUGUGACCGGUUUUGGAAUUCUAGGACAUGCGGACAAUCUAGCAAAAGCUCAGAAAGCAGAAGUUCGGUUUGUCAUUCAUACUUUACCUAUAAUUGAUUAUAUGGCCGAAAUCUCUAAACUGAUGGGCAAUGGGUUCAACCUAUUUUCUGGAACAUCUGCAGAGACAUCAGGCGGUCUUCUUAUUGUCAUUGAAAAAGAAAAGGCACAACUACUUCUCACGGAACUACAACAAAUAGAGGGAUUUCCUGCGUGGCUAAUUGGUGACGUCAUCUGUGGUCCACGUGGCGCAGUUAUUGAUAAUGAUGUCAAAAUCAUUUCCGUACCCUCAUCGAUAAACCAACUAUAA